AUGUCGGCAGAAGAGCUUCAGGACGUUCCGGAGGGUGAGAUUGAGUCCAACUGGGACCAAGUCGUCGACAACUUCGAUAACAUGGACCUCAAGGCCGAACUCCUGCGUGGCAUCUACGCCUAUGGUUUCGAGCGCCCUUCUGCCAUCCAGCAGCGCGCAAUUGUCCCCGUCAUUAAGGGACACGAUGUCAUUGCCCAGGCACAGUCUGGUACUGGCAAGACUGCCACCUUCUCCAUCUCGAUCCUCCAGCAGGUCGACCUCAACAUCAAGGGCACGCAAGCUCUUAUCCUCGCACCGACGCGUGAGCUCGCCCAGCAAAUCCAAAAGGUCGUCAUCGCCCUCGGCGACUACAUGAACAUCGAAUGCCAUGCGUGUGUUGGUGGUACCAACGUCCGUGAGGACAUGGCCAAGCUCCAAGAGGGCGUCCACGUCGUGGUCGGCACGCCUGGUCGCGUGUUCGAUAUGAUCAACCGCCGCGCUUUGGUCACGAAUAACAUCAAGAUUUUCUGUCUCGAUGAGGCCGACGAGAUGUUGUCUCGUGGUUUCAAGGACCAAAUUUACGAGGUGUUCCAGCUUCUGCCGCAGGACACGCAGGUCGUGCUUCUGUCUGCGACCAUGCCCGCCGAUGUGUUGGAGGUGACGAAGAAGUUCAUGCGUGAUCCCGUCCGGAUUCUCGUCAAGCGUGAUGAACUCACCCUUGAGGGUAUCAAGCAGUUCUAUAUCGCGGUAGAAAAGGAGGAAUGGAAGCUCGACACUUUGUGCGAUCUCUACGAGACGGUUACCAUCACCCAGGCGGUCAUCUUCUGCAACACAAGGCGAAAGGUCGACUGGCUCACGGAGAAGAUGCACGCCCGCGAGUUCACGGUUUCAGCGAUGCACGGUGACAUGGACCAGAAGCAGCGCGAGUUGCUGAUGAAGGAAUUCCGUUCGGGGUCAUCCCGAGUUUUGAUUACAACCGAUCUUCUCGCACGUGGUAUCGACGUGCAGCAAGUGUCGCUCGUCAUCAACUACGAUCUCCCCACGAACCGGGAGAACUACAUUCACCGUAUCGGUCGUGGCGGUCGUUUCGGUCGUAAGGGUGUCGCAAUCAACUUCGUCACCACCGACGACGUCAGGAUGCUCCGUGACAUUGAACAAUUCUACAACACCCAAAUCGACGAAAUGCCCCUGAACGUCGCCGACCUCAUCUAGACGCCCACGCUGCCAUCGCAUCUCCCUAGUACCCUCACCCGCCCGCAAUAUCACGACCUCUCAUAGCGUUGCCCUUUUCCAAAUUCUGCCCCAAAUGAUUCUCGGAACGGUUAGCAGUAGUAAUUACUCUAUUGCUGUUUGUGUUUCUCCCAUGUUUGUGUCAUGCCGCCGCCCAUGCGUGUCCUCUGUAACUACGCUAUGCGACCACUAUUACAUGAUUCUCG